CUUUUAAAAAAUAUGGGACAUUCAGAGAGUCAAAAUCCUGAUCCUUCAUUUGAAGAUGGAAAAAGUGAUAAAUCCAUGGAAACAAAUUCUGAUAAAUCAUAUAGAACAACAAGAUCUGAUAGAAAACGUAAAUUGAAUGAUAAAAAAAAUGAACCAACAACAAAAAAACAAAAAAAUGAUAAUGAGGUUUGUCAUAAACCAUUCAAGUGUACCAUUGAAGAUUGUGAUAAAUCAUAUGGUCAAUCAAAAUCAUUGAAAAGACACAUAAUGCUAAAACACAGUGACUAUGAAAAAGAUUUAAUGGAUGACAAUGAAACAAUUGCAAGUAGUUUUGAUGGUACAUCAGUAUCAAGUGACAUUAAUGCAAUUAAAAAACAUAAAUGUACUUAUGAUGGUUGUCAAGCUGCAUUUAGAAGACCAUCAAGACUUGUUUGGCAUAUUCGACAACAUACUGGAGAGCGACCUUUUCAAUGUACAUUUGAAAAUUGUGACAAAGCAUAUGCGACAGGAUCGCAUCUGAAAAGACAUCAACAAACACAUGAAAAUCUUGAAAAAUGCAUUGUAUGCACUGAUUGUCCAAGUACAUUUAAAAGUCUUCAAAAUUUGAAAAAACAUUAUUCUCGUGUACAUGAUAAAGAAUCAAGAAAAUUAUGUUGUAAUAUAUGUGAAAUGAGAUUUAGAAAAAAAUAUAAACUUGAUGAACAUAUUGCAGCACACAAUGGAAUAUAUCAUGAGUGUAAUAAAUGUGGUAAACAUUUUAAAACACUAUAUUUUUUAAAUAAACAUAUAGCUUGUGCACAUGCUAAAAAAACAUAUAAAUGUCCAUAUGAAGAGUGUGGUGAAAUAUUUGACACAUGGAAUGCUAGAACAGUUCACAAAAUAGAUUGUUCAUAUGCACCAAGAUAUCCUUGUACAGAAUGUACAAAAGUAUUUAAAAUAAAUAGUGUUUUAAAAAAGCACAUGAUAUCACAUGAGGAAAAGGAUAUGGUUUAUCCUUGUCCAAUAGAUAAUUGUUCAAAAUAUUAUAAGGAGAGAAGAAAUUUAAAUGUUCACAUGGCUAACAAACAUUUGGAACCAAAAAAAUAUACUUGUGAUUAUUGUAAUGUUGUUGUAACAUGUAAAUCAUCAAUUAGACGACACAUAACAAGUCUCCACAUGUCAGACAGGCCAUCAACAUCAACAGCAACAACAUCAACUGAUAAUAAUAAUAAUAAAAAAAAACGUAGAGAUGUUGGUGGAGUUAAAAAAAGUGUGGUUGGUAAAUUAAUUGGAUUGGAACUUCCUCGAGGUGUUCAAAAAGAAUUGCUUGAUAGAAUGACUGAUAUCAGCAUUGAAGAUAAAUUAUUUGAACCACCUUCAUAAAUUUAUUAUCAUCUUAAUAUAAUAUCACCUUGAUAGUCAUCUUUUUC